UCAAUAGACCCAAAGUGGAGAAAACAAGAUGGCGGUCGAAAAUGACGUUUGGAGAAUUURACAAAUUUGAGAGGUUUUUKAYAACCUUUGGAGGUUCAACAUGAGCUUCAAGGCUUUCGACCUUGUGCAGGUCUUAACGAAGAUUUCGACUUCRUCRUCAGAUAAGCCAAAAACGAUUGAAUGCCUUGACUGUGCUGCUCAGAAUCUAUACAUCGGCACUUCUGAUUGUUACAUUUUCCAUUAUGUCUUUGAUGAUACAACUUCACCUCUUGGACGAACCAUAUUYCAAUGCAGUCUUCAAACACAUAAACAUAUCAAUAUGAAAAAGCCCAUUCAACAAGUUGUAACUGCUCCAAAUAUCAACAGACUUUUGGUGCUAUGCGAUGGAAAUAUUCUCUUGUUUAGUAUGUUUGAGCUUGAGUUCAUUGUGUCUGACAAGUUAAAGGGGGUCAACUUUAUUGCAAAGAAUGACAACCCGAACAAUUUCGACCCAUUUACAGUUGAGGUGUGUAUUUCCAUGUCCAGGAAGAGGGUCAUCCAAAUAGUGUCUGUAACGGAGAAUAAGAUCAUCCCACUUAAAGAGAUUCAACUCUCAGAACCCCCUAUGAUAAUGAGUGCCGAUGGAGGUGCAGUGUGUGUAGCUUUGUCAAACCAAUUUCAGUACGCCAUGGUAAACAUUUUGAACUCUAAAGUACAGGAACUAUUUCAUUAUGAACCAGAAAGCACCAAGGGAGUGAUUAUCAGAGUUGGACCUGAGGAGUUUCUAUUGAAUGGUCCAACAGAUUUAAUGGGAAUGUUUGUGACAUCAGAGGGGACGUCACAGAGAGCUCCACUUAGCUGGUCCAAUAGCAUUGAAGCAUUGGGUUAUUCAUUUCCUUAUGUUAUAUCAUUGGGUAAUAAUGUCCUUACAGCCCACAGUAUUGUCAGUCAAGACUCUAAAACUCAAAGACAAGUGAUAACUUUCAAGGGUGGUAGAAUGCUUCUUAACUAUGAAAACAAAGUCUUUGUCUGCUCUCAGAAGGAACUGUAUUGCCUUGUACCAAUCCCUUACAAAAAACAGAUUGAAGCUCUUCUUGCUGACAAAAAAGUCAAUGAAGCUCUUCAGCUUGCACACAUUGCCAUGGAAACAGCRAUAGGUGAAGAUAGAGAUGAAAAGCUUCUCAGUGAAGUCCAACAGCAAGCAGGGUUUGUUUAUUUCUCUGAAGGAGUCUUUGCUGAUGCAGCUGACUUGAUGUUAGAGGGAGGACUGGAUCCUAGAGAGAUCAUAACCCUGUUCCCAUCAUUGCUAACUUCAUCAUGGACCUUUUUACCUUCAAAAGACAUUCACUCUAUAAAAGACAUCAGUGGAUUAAUGAAAGGUAGCAAGACAUUUAUGGCUGAGGCAAAGAACUUUCUCCUUUCAUUUUUGGAAGAAUCCAGACAAAGAUCAUGUUAUCAGCUAUGCAAAGAGGUUUGUUUUAAUAAUUUUAGGGAUGAAUUAAUCUAUCAACAUUAUCCGUUCAGGUCGUGGGGGAUCAUAACCCUGUUCCCAUCAUUGCUAACUUCAUCAUGGACCUUUUUACCUUCAAAAGACAUUCACUCUAUAAAAGACAUCAGUGGAUUAAUGAAAGGUAGCAAGACAUUUAUGGCUGAGGCAAUGAACUUUCUCCUUUCAUUUUUGAGGUACCAUGCAAGAGCCUUGUUUCAUCUUUAUCAGAAAGAACCACAAAAAGCGCUUGACUUUUGGAAAAGAUUGUGUAAUGGSGAGCUUACAGAUAGUGUGUUUCCAGGUCUUGAGUUUGUAGUUCAGUUUGUAAAUAGACUAGACGACUAUGAUCUGUUAUGGAAUCACGUCCCAUGGAUGCUGGACAUUAACCAGAAAGCUGCUGUGAAGGUUUUCAUGAGCAGACCGUCGGAGGAACCAUCCAAAGAGUCCAUGUUACCAACCCGGAUUGUAGAAUAUUUACAAAGAUAUCCAGAGGCACAAGUUAUAUACCUAGAAUAUUUAGUUUUUACCAUGAAAAUACAAAAAGAAAAAUUCCAUACCCAUUUAGCAGUGUUGUAUUUAGAAAGAGUAUUUAGUUUGAGAAGGGAGCCAUCUUGUUCUGUUGAGACAGUGGAAGGCGCAAGGAUGAAACUACAAAAUCUACUCGAGACGUCAUCUCUUUACCGGGUCGCUCUUGUAUUAUCGAAGAUCACCGAAGAUUCUAAUUUGGAUGCUGAAUCAGCUAUACUUUAUGGCAAGAUGGGGCAGCAUACAAAAGCUUUACAGAUUCUUGUGUGCAAAUUAAACGACUUUGAUGCAGCUGUUAGAUACUGUAAUAUCAAUUCAAAGGACAAAGAUAAAGGUUACAAAGAGAAGUUGUUUCUUAUGUUACUGGAAGUUUAUCUUAAACCUGAUGA